AUUAGCAGAGAGCUCGCUGCUGUGUGAGCGUGAGGGGGAGAGCGAGAGCGCAAGGGAGGGAGAGAGAGGCGGGCUGCGCGAGGAGAGCAGAGGGGGAGCCAGCGCUCCAGCUAGCGUGAGGACGGGCUUCUCUUCCCGUGCUCAGUUAAUCUGGCUGUCAGUUGGUGUUAACGCUGCAGUUUAAGUGCUCGGAUUCCAAGGGAAACAGACAGACCUCUCAGAAGGAAGGAAGGAAGCAAGGAGGAAGGAAGGAACGGCAGGAGGAAAAGAACAGGCAGAGCAGCGAGAGGACUACAGGGAGGGGGGGAAACACCAAAUCUAUGAUUGGACCUGGGCUUCUUUUUCGCCAAUGCAAAAAGGAAUAUGCAGCACAUUUUUGCCUUCUUCUGCACCAGUUUCCUAGGCGCGGUAGUAGGGGCCAAUUUCCCCAACAACAUCCAGAUCGGGGGAUUAUUUCCAAACCAGCAGUCACAGGAACAUGCCGCUUUUAGAUUUGCUUUGUCGCAACUCACAGAGCCCCCGAAGCUGCUCCCCCAGAUUGAUAUUGUGAACAUCAGCGACAGCUUUGAGAUGACCUAUAGAUUCUGCUCCCAGUUCUCCAAAGGAGUCUAUGCCAUCUUUGGGUUUUAUGAACGUAGGACUGUCAACAUGCUGACGUCCUUCUGUGGGGCCCUCCAUGUCUGCUUCAUUACGCCAAGCUUUCCUGUUGACACAUCCAAUCAGUUUGUCCUUCAGCUGCGCCCGGAACUGCAGGAUGCCCUCAUCAGCAUCAUCGACCACUACAAAUGGCAGAAAUUUGUCUACAUUUAUGAUGCCGACCGGGGCUUGUCCGUCCUGCAGAAAGUCCUGGACACAGCUGCUGAGAAGAACUGGCAGGUGACUGCAGUCAAUAUUUUGACAACCACAGAGGAAGGAUACCGGAUCCUCUUUCAGGACCUGGAGAAGAAAAAGGAGCGGCUGGUAGUGGUGGACUGUGAAUCGGAACGCCUCAAUGCCAUCCUGGGCCAGAUUAUAAAGCUGGAGAAGAAUGGUAUCGGCUAUCAUUACAUCCUUGCAAAUCUGGGCUUCAUGGACAUUGACUUGAACAAAUUCAAGGAGAGUGGGGCCAAUGUGACAGGUUUCCAGUUGGUGAACUACACCGACACCAUCCCAGCCAAGAUCAUGCAGCAAUGGAAGAACAGCGAUGCUCGAGACCACACCCGGGUGGACUGGAAGAGACCCAAGUACACUUCUGCGCUUACAUAUGAUGGGGUGAAGGUGAUGGCUGAGGCUUUCCAGAGCCUGCGCAGGCAGAGGAUUGAUAUCUCCCGGCGAGGAAAUGCUGGGGACUGUCUGGCGAACCCAGCUGUGCCCUGGGGCCAGGGGAUUGACAUCCAGAGAGCUCUGCAGCAGGUGCGGUUUGAAGGUCUGACAGGAAAUGUGCAGUUUAAUGAGAAAGGACGCCGGACCAACUACACCCUCCAUGUGAUUGAAAUGAAACAUGAUGGCAUCAGGAAGAUCGGUUAUUGGAAUGAAGAUGACAAGUUUGUUCCUGCAGCCACAGAUGCUCAAGCUGGGGGUGAUAAUUCAAGCGUUCAGAAUAGGACAUACAUCGUCACUACAAUCCUAGAAGAUCCUUAUGUGAUGCUCAAGAAGAAUGCUAACCAGUUUGAGGGCAAUGACCGCUAUGAGGGAUACUGUGUGGAGCUGGCAGCAGAGAUUGCCAAACAUGUGGGCUACUCCUACCGUCUUGAGAUCGUCAGUGAUGGAAAAUAUGGAGCCCGAGAUCCUGACACGAAGGCCUGGAAUGGCAUGGUGGGGGAGCUGGUCUAUGGGAGAGCAGAUGUGGCUGUGGCUCCCUUAACCAUCACCUUGGUCCGGGAAGAGGUUAUAGAUUUCUCCAAGCCAUUUAUGAGUUUGGGGAUCUCCAUCAUGAUUAAAAAGCCACAGAAAUCCAAGCCAGGGGUCUUCUCCUUCCUUGAUCCUUUGGCUUAUGAGAUUUGGAUGUGCAUUGUUUUUGCCUACAUUGGAGUGAGUGUCGUCCUCUUCCUGGUCAGCCGCUUCAGCCCCUAUGAAUGGCACAGUGAAGAGUUUGAGGAAGGACGGGACCAGACAACCAGUGACCAGUCCAAUGAAUUUGGGAUAUUCAACAGCUUGUGGUUCUCCCUGGGAGCCUUCAUGCAGCAAGGAUGUGACAUUUCUCCCAGGUCCCUGUCUGGUCGCAUCGUUGGUGGCGUCUGGUGGUUCUUCACCUUGAUCAUCAUUUCCUCAUAUACAGCCAAUCUGGCCGCCUUCCUGACUGUGGAGAGGAUGGUGUCUCCCAUUGAGAGUGCAGAGGACCUAGCGAAGCAGACAGAAAUUGCUUAUGGGACGCUGGAAGCAGGAUCAACUAAGGAGUUCUUCAGGAGGUCUAAAAUCGCCGUGUUUGAGAAGAUGUGGACAUACAUGAAGUCAGCGGAACCAUCAGUUUUUGUGCGAACCACAGAGGAGGGGAUGAUCCGAGUGAGGAAAUCCAAAGGCAAAUACGCCUACCUCCUGGAGUCCACCAUGAAUGAGUACAUUGAGCAGCGAAAGCCCUGUGACACCAUGAAGGUGGGAGGUAACUUGGAUUCCAAAGGCUAUGGCAUUGCAACACCCAAGGGGUCCGCCCUGAGAAAUCCAGUAAACCUGGCAGUGUUAAAACUGAACGAGCAGGGGCUUUUGGACAAAUUGAAAAACAAAUGGUGGUACGACAAGGGCGAGUGCGGCAGCGGGGGAGGUGAUUCCAAGGAUAAGACAAGCGCUCUGAGCCUCAGCAAUGUGGCAGGCGUGUUCUACAUCCUGAUCGGAGGACUCGGACUAGCCAUGCUGGUUGCCUUAAUCGAGUUCUGCUACAAAUCUCGUAGUGAAUCCAAGCGGAUGAAGGGUUUCUGUUUGAUCCCACAGCAAUCCAUCAAUGAAGCCAUACGGACAUCGACCCUCCCCCGAAACAGUGGGACAGGAGCCAGCGGUGGUGGCAGUGGAGAGAAUGGCCGGGUAGUCAGCCAUGACUUCCCCAAGUCCAUGCAAUCUAUUCCCUGCAUGAGCCACAGUUCAGGGAUGCCCUUGGGAGCCACAGGAUUGUAACUGGAGCAGAUGAAGACCCUUGGGGAGCAGACUUGGGCUCCCCCAGCCCCAUCCCAAACCCUUCAGUGCCAAAAAUAACAAAAUGAAACGCAACCACCACCAACUACUGCGACCACAAGGAGGAUGAUUCAACAGAUUUUCCUAAAGAAUUGAAAAACCAUUUUACUGUCCCUUUUCCUUUUUUUGAUGUUUCUUCGCCCUUUUCUGUUUGCUAAAUGAGGAUGAUGAAUAACACUGUAUUGCAAUAAGGGGAGGGUAACCCUGUCUAAUGAAUCCUGUGUCUCUGACAGUGGAGCCACUAGAACACCAAUAAGGGAAACUGGACUGUUUUCUUUUAAUUCUGUUGUUGAUUGUCUUAGUGUGUGCAAUUUUUUUUCUUACUAAUCUCCAUGGUUUGCAGGUCCUGUUAGGCCCUUUCCUUCUCCUCACUUAUUCCCCACACCCAACUCAUCUCUCUUCAGUUUUCAGAUUGGAGAUUCAAGAAUUGUUCCACCUUACAAGCAAGCAAAAGGAAAAUGCAACCUUCAAACUAAUUAACCAUGGGGGCUCUCCACAUUAACCUCCACUCAUGGCUCCAAGCCUUGGAAGGAGACAAACAUUGUUGCAGAAGUGGGCUGACUUCCCCAGGUGGGGCACAGCCUAAGCACUGAUUCAGUUGAGAACGCAAGUGUGAAUCAACUCAGCAUGAGGGUGGUGGAGAAGGCAAGGGCAGAUGUGCAGUCAGAGGAGGACUCCUGAAGUUACUGCUGCUCAGAAAAAGUUUCCUUUGAUUUGUAAGAGCCAUGGGCCAUAGGUAGUAUGGUGUAUUUCUUCACAGAGUUGACCUCAACUCCGAGAAGUAUGUCCUUCUGGUGUGCUCAAGCUCAAAGGCACUCUGGUGGCUGAAGCGCAGUUGGCCUCCUGAACCAAAUAGAGCUUGGAAUGAGCUGACAGCUGGGAAGAUAUUGCCCAUGAUUCCUGAUUUUCCUUUGCUUAACAUCUGAAAAGGAACCCCAUUGUGGAGUAGACUCUCUGUGGAGCCUCUGGCAUGGGGGGCAAUGCUAUGUAAGCUAAAGGCAAAAGGAGAAUUUUGGAAGAGGAAGCCUCAUCAAACCCCACAUGCAACAGAGCUUUCCAUGGUGCCGCCUGUUUUAAGUUUGAGAGACCAAAUAUGAAGUUUAGGAUUAUGCUGAGGCAGAGAAUUUGGAUUUCUAUGUUAAUAUAGAGUGUUGUUUUAACAUGUGGCCAGAUAAUGUUCUGUCAUCUUUAAAAAGCAAGAUACCCAAGACCAAACACUAUUUGAAGAAAGAUAGGGGAGAUGGAUUGAUAAUGACCUUAGGGGACCAUAAGAUCCCUGACCCCAACUUCUAACCCAAGGAGGUGUGACCUUCCCCCUGUUUAAGACAGAACAAGGACAUUGUGUUCCAGUGACCAGAGUCGAUACACCUAUGAUUGUAACUACAAAGCUGAACUAAAGCAAAACUGGAGAAGUUACAUGGUUCAUGGAGAGAAGCCCAGGCUGACUGCAACUUUGGUUUGAAGUGGGAGUCCCCAGAACAUGGCAUUCUUGGAGACCCCAGCUCUCAUUCUUGGUGCAAUUGGCUUCCAACUCUCCAGCAUCCACUCUCAUAGGUGCAUGAUUCAAUGAGUGCCAUGUGUCACCGGCUUUUAUUGAUAACCAUAUUCUGGCUUGUUUCCUUACCCUCUACUUCUAUCCAGUCUUCUUUGCUAGGGGUUAUCAUUAGCAAUUGACAUGCUAAAGGUUUUGGACCCUACCUUGGGGUAGGUGAGCAAUGAUCAGCUUUAUCCGUGGAUUCUUUCAGUGGACACCCACCAUCUCUAUGUCGCUCCCAUUCUCCCAUCAUCAGCUAUAGCAAAGAAUCAUUCCAAAAUCAAACUCUUCACCCUUUUAACUCAAGUGUUUUUGUUCAGUCUCUCGUGUAAUGUGGGCAUGGUCUGUGAAGCCGGACCCUCAAAAUGAAUUACCACUUUUCACUACUGCCAGCUGAUGCCCCACACUCCCCUGCCCUUGCUCCAGAUUUUCCUCCUCCCUCAGCCUUCAGCCUACCACUGCAGAAUGUGAUAUCACCCACAAUUAGAGAGUCUGCAUCUCAAAAGAGGUGGAAAUUACCCUGUACCAUCAACAAGCUUCAAAAACCUUUUGCCUUUGGCCUGGUAAGAUGCCUCUCCAGCCACUGAGCCCACCAGUAACAUGAUCUGAUAGAGACUGUACUAGAAAUGAAGGCCUGUACUGCAAGGGAGUCUAAGAAUCCAGUAGAAGACGCUUUUCAUCAGUGGACGGGUGAAGCAAAAACAAAAGCAAGAAAAAAGUUAACUUGUAUUAUGUAUUUUUACUACUCUUUUCUUAAAAAUAGAGCAUUGGGAAAACUCUGAAAGAGAUUGACAUUUUUCUCAACAGGAAUCCAUACUUAACAGUUCUGGCUUUCAUUAAAUUUUGCUCUUUGGUAACUGGGCCUUUUAUUUAACAUCUAUAUUUGUUUUAACUCUCUUGGCAGAUGUGUGAAAGGAUUCUUGCUUGAUCAAACACUAAGUUUUUUCUUUCCCUUUUUUUUUUUUUUAAUUCCUGUUUUUCUUUCAAAUAGCCAGGGUAAUUUUUUUUUUCUUCUUGGCAUUUGCAUAAAAUGAAAAUAUCACCAAGAAUUAAAUCACUGUGGAUCCAU